AUGGCCGAUCAGGAAAGCCCGCUGGAGACAGCUCAACGGAUUGCGAUCCGAAAACGAGACGAUCUUCCGGCGUCUAUGCACAAAUACUGGCGGGUAAGAACUUCGCUCUUUUCUCGUUUUGAAGAAGGCAUCUUGCUAGACCAAGAAUCCUGGUUCUCCGUCACGCCAGAGGCUGUUGCAUAUCGUCUCGCGGAGCAAUGUGGGAACCUUAUCCAAUUUGCAACGACGUGCCAGCACGCGGUGGGCAUUGAGAUCGACCCUGUCAAGGCCGCCAUGGCGCGGCAUAAUGGUGUACUCACCGUGCUGUGCGGCGACUUUGUUGAAUUUGCCAAGAGCUACAGCUUCGAUUCGAGCAAAGCCGACGAAACGGCAAACGAGGCGCCAUGGUACGGCUGGAACCACAGGAAAAUUGAUAUCAUAUUUUCGUCACCGCCAUGGGGCGGCGUCGAUUAUCGCAACCCCCCAAAAGUCAUGUCGCCCUCUACUGGCCCUGACGAAUGGACACGUGUAGAAGAUAAGCGCCAUUCGCGCCGUCGUCCGCCCGCCAAGCUUGCAGAGCGCGCGAAAGCAGAAACAUGCGCAAACCUAAGCGUGGAUACUGCUGCAGCACCCCCAGAUGAAGACCAGGUCAUGACGCGAUGGGGAAACCAUGUGACAGACAAAUUGCAUUAUCCCGCCGAUAAUGAGGCGUUUUCAAAGUCACCGGCUACCAAAUAUUGGGACUCGUACUCGCUGAUGCGGCUGCAGCCAGUCAACGGUUUCGAAAUGUUUAAGCUGUGCCGCAGCAUUACACAAAAAAACCUAUUUUACCUACCUCGCAAUUUGGACCUAGAGGAAUUGGUGCAACUGACUAAGAGCAUCUCCGGAACGCACAUUUCUGCGCAUGUCGAGGAGCUGUGGCUUGGCACGCGCCUCAAGGCACUGGGCGUGUACCUGUCCUGA